UUAGCCGAUGUCACAUAGUCUGCCAAUACUUGAAAAUAUAUAUGAUAGUAAAGCAACGUAUUGUUUGCGCCGAAUCUUAUUUUGGAUUGAUUUUAUAGAUUAUCCCGAAACAUCUGUUUUAAACGUUAAGGGGGUGUAAGAGGAGUUUGUGGAAAGGACGGAAAUUUGUAUAACAUCAACGCGUAACGGAAUAAUCGAAUGAAAAUGUUAAGAUUACCCGUGAUAAGAUUGACCGCGGGAAUACAGAAUGGUAGACUUUCUACCGCGGGACUGCAUACAACAUCAUCUAAAUUUCAACAAGAAUUAGUGGAAGUAUUUAUAGAUGAUAAGCCAGUUCAGGUUCCACCUGGAACGACAGUUCUGCAAGCAGCUGCAAAAGUAGGAGUAGAAAUCCCAAGAUUUUGUUAUCAUGAACGUUUAGCUGUGGCAGGAAAUUGUAGAAUGUGUCUUGUGGAAAUUGAAAAACAGAUUAAGCCUGUUGCAGCUUGUGCCAUGCCUGUGAUGAAAGGGUGGAGAGUUAAAACCAAUUCUGAUUUAACUCGUAAAGCUCGAGAAGGUGUCAUGGAGUUUUUAUUAGUAAAUCAUCCUUUAGAUUGCCCUAUCUGUGAUCAAGGUGGUGAAUGUGAUUUACAAGAUCAGAGCAUGGCAUUUGGCAGUGAUCGAAGCCGUUUUGUUGACAUCAACUAUAGCGGCAAACGUGCAGUAGAAGACAAGGAUAUUGGUCCUUUAAUAAAAACAAUUAUGACACGUUGUAUUCAUUGCACACGAUGCAUUCGUUUUGCAUCUGAAGUAGCUGGUAUUGAUGAUUUAGGAACUACGGGCCGUGGAAAUGAUAUGCAAGUAGGAACGUAUGUAGAAAAAAUGUUUCUGUCUGAAUUAUCUGGAAACAUUAUUGACUUAUGCCCUGUUGGAGCAUUAACAAGUAAACCUUACGCUUUUGUUGCCCGCCCAUGGGAGACACGUCGUACAGACAGUAUCGAUAUUCUUGAUGCUGUCGGCAGUAAUAUAGUGAUAUCACAUAGAACUGGUGAAGUUUUAAGAAUUUUACCAAGAGUGAAUGAGGAAAUAAAUGAAGAGUGGUUGUCUGAUAAAGCACGAUUCUCUUAUGAUGGAUUAAAGCGUCAACGGCUUAUAACUCCUAUGGUAAAAAUUAAUGACAAAUUAGAAGCUGUUGAAUGGGAAGAUGCUCUUGUUACAACUGCUCGAGCUAUUCAGAAUGCAGCUCCAAAUAAAUGUGCUGCCAUUGCUGGAAAAUUAGCUGAUACUGAAGCUCUUGUGGCCUUGAAAGAUUUAGUAAAUAGACUUGGUAGUGAAACUCUUGCAACAGAACAGAGUUUUCCAAAACAAGGCACAGGUAUUGAUAUAAGAAGUAGUUAUCUACUAAACAAUACAAUUGCUGCAGUAGAAGAGGCUGAUGUUGUAUUAUUGAUUGGUACUAAUCCGAGGUACGAAGCACCAUUAGUGAAUACCCGUUUAAGGAAAGGAUAUAUUCAUGGUGAACAGACCAUUGCUGUAAUUGGUCCAAAUAUAGAUUUAACUUAUGAUCAUGAGCAUUUAGGUCAAUCGCCAGAAAUUAUAACACAGUUAAGAAACAGUACUCAUUCGUUUUGGAACAUUUUGAGGUCUGCAAAAAAACCUUUAAUCAUCCUGGGUGUUGAGCAAUUGAUGAGAAAAGAUGGAGCAAAAAUUUUAUCUGAGACGCAAUUGUUGGCUCAAGCUUUAGGAGAAAAAACAAAAGCUCCUGAAGAAUGGAAGAUAUUAAAUAUUCUUCAUACAAAUGCAUCACAAGUGGCAGCUUUAGAUGUGGGUUAUUCGUCAACUGUUGAGGAAGUUAAAGAACAACAACCAAACAUUCUCUUUUUAUUAGGAGCUGAUGAUACAAAUAUCAAGAAAGAAGAUUUUAUGAAUACAUUUAUUAUAUACAUAGGUAGUCACGGUGACGAAGGAGCUUCGAUCGCAGAUGCUAUACUUCCUGGAGCUGCAUACACAGAAAAAGUUGCAACAUACGUGAAUACGGAAGGUCGUGCACAACAAACCUGUGCUGCAAUUACACCACCGGGUAUGGCACGACCAGAUUGGAAGAUCAUACGAGCACUUUCUGAAAUUUGCGGGGUAUGUUUGCCUUAUGAUAACCUGGCCGAAGUAAGAUCUAGAUUGGAAGAAAUAGCGCCGCAUUUAGUUAGAUAUGGUAACGUAGAACCGGCUAAUUAUUUUGCUCAAGCAUUAGAAUUAUCAAAGGAAAUAUCAGGUUCCUUGUCUUCCAAUCCAUUGGAAGUUAAACAAAAAACGUUAGAUCAUUUUUUCAUGACUGAUGUGAUAUCUCGUGCUUCGCAAACAAUGGCAAAAUGUGUCCAAGCAGUUAUGAAGCAAAGAGAAAAUAGCUUAUAGAUUAGAAAUUUAAAUUAUGAAUAUAAAUAGCAAAAUGUAUUUUAUGGCAAUAUAUAAUAGUAUAUGAAAAUAUAUUAAAGGUAUGAUA